AUGCUGUCGUCCAGAGCCGUCCUUCGCCUUUCGCGGCGCGUCUCACGUACAGUUGCUACACGAUCACUGUCUACGGAAAACAGGCUAUCGCCAGAUUUUGUGAGGAUCGUGGAAGUCGGCCCUCGCGAUGGCCUACAGAAUGAAAAGAAGGCUAUCCCAGUUGAAACAAAGAUCGAACUGAUUGAGCGGCUUUCAAAAACUGGUGUGAAGACCCUCGAAGCCGGUUCAUUUGUGCCGGCGAAAUGGGUCCCCCAGAUGGCGAGUACAUCUGACAUCAUGAAACAUUUCCUAAAAUCUCCACCCAAAUCAUCGCACCCAAUCGCCUUCAACUACCUCGUGCCCAACAUCAAAGGUCUCGAAAGUCUCGUCGCCACGGCCGAGUCGGAGGGCCUUUCUUUAACUGCAGAAUCGGCGUCUUCUCCCCAACACACCACCGAAAUUUCUCUUUUCGCAGCAGCUACUGAAGCGUUUUCGAAAGCCAACACAAAUUGCACCAUUGCAGAGUCCCUCACGCGUAUUGAACCCAUCGUUGAUUUGGCUAAGAAAAAGAAUCUCCGUGUGCGUGGUUACGUUUCUGUCGCGCUUGGGUGCCCCUACGAAGGCCCAGAUGUUGACCCGCAUAAAGUUGCCGAAAUAACCGCUACUUUGCUAGAAAUGGGUGCCGAUGAGGUGUCUGUUGCAGAUACAACGGGAAUGGGUACCGCUCCACGGACGCAACGGUUACUAAAAGUGCUCACAUCGGCUGGUAUUGCACACAAUGAUUUAGCUUUACACUUUCAUGAUACCUACGGCCAAGCCCUUGUCAACACUAUUGUAGGCUUGGAGCACGGGAUUCGUGUAUUUGAUAGCAGUGUAGGAGGGCUCGGAGGCUGUCCUUAUUCCAAAGGUGCCACAGGAAAUGUAUCAACAGAAGAUCUUGUGCAUACGUUACACAGUCUUGGGAUGCAAACCGGCAUAGACCUUGAGGAAAUGUCCCGAAUCGGAGACUGGAUCAGCAAGGAACUUGGCCGGGCUAACGAUAGCAGAGUCGGAAAGGCAACACUGAGCAAACUUCAAGCAUAA